AUGAAAUUACCUUCUAAAAAUAAAUUACCGGAUUAUUACGACAUAAUAAAAAAACCUUUGGAUAUAAAGAAAAUAUUUAACAGGAUAGAAGAUGGAAAAUAUUCGGAUUUUGACGAUUUGGAAAAGGAUUUUACUCAAAUGUGUAAAAAUGCUCAAAUAUACAACGAAGAACCUUCUCUCAUACACGAAGAUUCAAUCGUCCUUCAAUCCGUGUUUACGAACGCGAGACAAAGAUUGGAACAGGAUGCGGAAACGGAUGAGGAUAAAGGUGAUGAAGAGAGAAUCCCGUCGUUCGGAUUUUAUUAUUUGUCGAAUUUUAUUUAUUUUGAUUUUUUAAAUUUUCAGACGGUGGACGACGAGGAUGGAAAUUCCGAAUCGGAAUCCGUUAGAAUGAAAAUAAAAAUAAAAAGUGGAAAAGGAGGAAGAGGAGGAGAGGGAAGAGGAAGCACGAGAAGGAGGAAAACUCAACCAAAGUACACGAAUAGCGAUGACAAAGACGAAGAUGAUUGA